GGGAUCCACACCAGCUCCCUGAUCCCCAGCUCCCCACCAAACUUCACCAUCCACUGCAUCCAAGGCACUUUAUUAGGGGUCGCCCAGCCUGGCGUUGCCCAGCAGAGGCACAGCAGUAGAAGCAGCAGCACCACCCACCACAAUCACCGACCCAAGUACCACCACUCGCCUCACCUCAGCAGCGACCACGGGCAGCAAACGCACUGGAGCACGGGCAGCGCAGCGCGACACAGCCGGGGACGGGCGCGCUUCCAGCUUUCAUGUUAACCAGUACCGGUUGAAAAGCACGCACCCGGACCACAAGUCGGCAAGACCUAGCAGCCAGCAUCGUGGUUCCCCCCCACUCCCACUCCCACUCUUACUCCCACACCACCUCAGUCAAUACCGACCGAGCACGCCUCUCGCCCGCACCCACGGGCGGCGCACUCCACCACGCACGCCUCGCAGGAACAGUCAGUCGCGCGCCACCCGAGCGUGGUUUCAAUCUACUACUGCUACUGCUACUGCUACUGCUACUACUACUGCGCUGGGCAAAUGACCGGCCGGUUUUUGGUCACGGUCCCGUCUCUCGCGUGUCGAACCAUUGACCUCACCACUGAAGCCACCGCUGUCACCUGCAAUCCUCCGUUGCCAAGUCGCUAAUUACGACCUCUUCUUCCCUUCCCUCGACCGCCUUCAUCCCCCCCUCGACUCAGCUCAUCAAUCAUCUCUCGUCGGUGUUUCCACCCCGGAGCACGCUGCUGACCCUCGCCGACAACCCGCUCCGCCAGAACCGCCGCCGUCGGUUCCCAUCAACCUCUGCGUUUCCUUCGCGCUCACACAUGCCGCGCACUCGGCCGUGCCUUCGACACAAUGAAGGCCGCGCCGCUCAUCAUCAAUUGGCAUGACCAAAACGCUCCGGUCUACUCUGCCCACUUCGAACCCGGCGGCAAGGGCCGCUUGGCCACAGCUGGUGGUGACAACCACGUUCGCAUCUGGAAAGUCGACACGGACGGCCCAGACCGCAAGGUCGAGUAUCUUUCGACCCUCUCCAAACACAACCAGGCCGUCAACGUCGUUCGAUGGGCGCCAAAGGGCGAGGUCCUGGCCUCUGCCGGCGACGACGGCAACGUGAUCCUCUGGGUCCCCAGCGAGCUUCCUCCGACCGGCUUUGGCUCCGACGCCCAGGAUGACAAGGAGUCGUGGAGAGCCAAGCACAUGUGCCGCUCUAGCGGGGCUGAAAUAUACGACUUGGCCUGGUCUCCAGAUGCUGCCCACUUCAUCAUUGGGAGCAUGGACAAUAUUGCUCGUAUUUACAACGCAAACACAGGCUCUCUCGUCCGACAAAUCGCCGAGCACAGCCACUACGUCCAGGGCGUUACCUGGGAUCCUCUGAAUGAGUAUAUCGCGACACAGUCCUCCGAUCGAUCCGUACACAUCUACUCGCUCAAGACAAAGGAUGGCCAGUACACGCUUAGCCAAGAUGACAAGCCUCCAAGACUGGCGAGCCAUAUCAAGGCAGAUUUGCCUCCUCGACGCAUUUCGUCGAGUAGUCCUGCGCCCCCAGACUUUGGUCACCGGUCCCAGUUGUCCGUUAUCGACUCUGGCACCUCGGUUGGCUCGCCCGUGCCGUCUGCACCGGGGACGCCAACUUCAUUUGCCGUACCCAUGAAUCCGCCGAGCGUUGUUAGCCACAGUCGCCGCUCAUCCUUCUCGUCCAGACGAUCCGUCUCGCCCGCUCCGUCCAUGCCCCUGCCAGCAGUUAUGCCCAUGGAGGCGUCCCCGAAACCGCACUCGAUGGCUGCGAGUCUGGGCCUGAGCGUCAAGAACGCCAGCCUCUACGCGAACGAAACGCUGACAUCCUUUUUCCGGCGACUCACCUUCACACCCGACGGUAGUCUGCUACUAACACCGUCCGGGCAGUACCAGACGCAGCACCAGGCCGACAAGGACGCCAAGCCGACUUACGAGGUCAUAAACACUGUCUACAUCUACACUCGUGGUGGCAUCAACAAACCGCCCAUUGCCCACCUUCCGGGCCACAAGAAGCCCUCCGUGGUCGUCAAGUGCUCGCCCAUCUUUUACACCCUGCGCCAGUCCCCGCCCUCCACAAAACACAUCACGAUCGACACGUCGUCCCCCGAAGAGCCGCUUCCUUCAUUGCCGGACCCUGUGGCGAAGCCGUCGCCCGCAACUUCUGUAAUGGACCCCCCGCCACCGCCCAGUACCGCCGCCUCGGACACCACCAGUGGAUCAAAGUCUGCUAAUGUCGAGACGGACGCAUCCACUCCUGGCCCCAAGCCCGCAUUCUCCCUGCCAUAUCGUAUGGUGUAUGCGGUCGCCACGCAAGAUGCAGUCCUGUUGUACGACACGCAACAAAAGACGCCCAUAUGCGUCGUGAGCAACUUGCACUGCGCAACGUUCACCGACCUGGCCUGGGCGAGUGACGGUCUGACGCUGGUAAUCUCAUCGUCAGACGGGUUCUGUUCUACGUUGUCAUUCGCCGCCGGCGAACUCGGAGAUGUAUACAAGGGGGAGGUUGGACCUCCGAAGUCUCAACAAGCUACGGCAGGCGGCUCGGCGAAUCCCGCAGCGAGCCAAAAUACGCCAGUGCCAACUCCGACAACGAGCUUCGCGCCCCCAUCCCCUUUCCAUAACGGCACACAUCAUCAGCACCGCAACUCAGCAAGCUCCUUCACGGCCCCCUCACCUCCCCCUUCGGCAACUGGGGCUUCGCAGCGGCCAUCUUCCCCUACCAGAUCGAACUCCACAUCAUCUAUCGCCACACAAUCCUCCUCAGUGCCUACCGGCGUAGUGAGUAAUCCUCCUCUGGUCGGGGGCAACAUGCCGAGCCUUACGGCUGGAGGCAAAUCAGGUGGAGUUCCCAUGACCACACCGCCAGAAACGCCGCGACAAGCAGGGAGCGUCACUGCUGGCACGAAGAGAGAUGCCAGCGAGAGCGAGAAGGAGGACACAAAGGAGCCGAAGAAGAGACGCAUCGCACCUACGCCUGUUGACACAAAGCCAGCCACGUCGUGAGAGGUGGGAAUGCCUCAACCCAGCGGUGCCCUACUCGCGUACGCGAACCGCUGCGUCCACUCACAAGGGAUUGUUGGAGAAUCAGGGAAUGGAGCACAAGGAGAUGGGGCGGCCGGCCAUUUUAGCUUAGCAUGAAGGGGACGGCGUUAAUGGGUUUUCGCAGAUGGGACUCUCUGUUAUUUCUCGGCUGCCUUGCUAAAACGGCCGACUUUGACUUGUUUGAUGGACCACAUGAGGGUCAUUGGGAUCUGUGAUUAAAAGACGUGGUUAGAUGGCGACCACGUGCAAUUGACGCACUGCUAUGAUCGGCUUGCGGUCACCUAGCUCGUGGCCCAUAGUCUUGUUGAUUCUAUAGCUACCUAGAAAGUAAACCACAGGAACACGCUUGGGCAGCCGCAACGCAAGGG